AUGGCAACCGGCGAAACGGGCCAUCUCCAGACGGCGAACGGGAGAACACAUGAAUACGCGGAGGCUACUGAACCAACGGAUUGUGGGACAGCAUCUUUGGCAGAUCGGGUAGGUGUUGAGAUAGUCGCCGUGCCGGAAAGAGCUAAUCGGUACGGCAAGCACUGCAUCGAGAAGCUGUCACAAGAGAUGCCAUGGUUGACAGCGACGCAGUUGGGAGACCAGGCCGUACCUCUCGGCGUCGAGUGA